UGCUUUAGGGUAUUACGGUACUGGGCCCUGCUGGAAAUAAUGCCACAAAGAAGUGAGGAGAGGAGUAGGUGAUCUCUGAGGAAUCCAUCAAGCGUUGCCUUUUAAUAAGCAGUCCAUAAGCUAAAACUAAUCGACGUUUUCUUUGGAUUUAAAUAUAUUAUGAGCGAUAGAUAUGACGGAAAUGUACUCAACUCUGUUCGGGCAAAACGAAACUCAGGGACCGGCCGGCUCCUCGUCUCUGGGCUUCGGACCGGGGAAACCUCCGCCGCCCAUGCCGCAGAAUCAAGUCUCCAUGACGGGUCAGAUGCCAGCGCAGCUCGGGGAUGAAGGGCCUGCUCUGCGGAAACCCGGAGCCAUGAAUGAGCCUUUCUACUUACUGCGAGAGCUUCCCGUUGGAAACGAGCUAACGGGAAACACCAACCUCAUCACGCACUACAAUUUGGAGCACGCUUACAACAAGUUCUGUGGGAAGAAGGUGAAGGAGAAACUCAGCAACUUCCUGCCAGAGUUGCCAGGGAUGAUUGACUGUCCGGGCACUCAGGAUGGCAGCUCACUUCGCUCUCUCAUCGAUAAACCUCCCGUCUGUGGGAACUCGUUCAGCCCACUGACUGGCGCGCUGCUCACAGGCUUCAGACUACACACAGGACCGCUUCCAGAACAGUACAGACUCAUGCACAUACAGCCUCCAAAGAAGAAGAGCAAACACAAGCACAAGCACCAUCGACCGCAAGACCCGUUACCACAAGGUACGACUCCAGAAACUCCAUCAGACUCUGAUCCCAAGAAGAAAAAGAAGAAAAGAGACGACGAUCCCGACCGCAAGAAAAAGAAGAAAGACAAGAAAAAGAAAAAGAACCGACACAGCCCCGACCACCCCGGGCUCGCUGGCUCACAACCCAACAGCAACAGCCUCAGAUAGACAGGAGCCCACUGUGUGCAUGCCCGUGUCUGAAUGUGCAACUUUUGUAAGAGGGUAUGUGUGUGUGUGUGUGUGUGUAUUUUACAGAUAAUUGUAUUAUUCAGAGUAUGUUUAAUGAGAGAAACAAAUUGAAGAAUGCUGCGUGACUGUGAGAGCGAGCAGUGACAGAGUGGAUGUUUCGUGAUGGAGCAAACAAAAUGUUACAGAACAGUGUAAAAGCUGCGCGUGUGUUGAUAUCUUUUGACCAUAAUGCCAAAAUAAAAACGAACUUUGAUUAUCUUUG